CCCGGCGCGGCCGGCCAGGAAUGGAAAAUGGCGGCCUAGGAGCGGACCCCGCCGCCGGCCGGCCAGCCCGCGCACCCGUACCCCGCCUAUCCGGCCGCCCCGGCUAUCCGGAGCCCCGCGCACCAUGAGCCGCUGGGUGCCCACCAAGCGCGAGGAGAAGUACGGCGUCGCUUUUUAUAACUACGAUGCCAGGGGCGCUGAUGAACUUUCUUUGCAAAUUGGUGACACCGUGCACAUCUUGGAAACGUUCGAAGGGUGGUACAGAGGAUAUACUUUGAGGAAAAAGUCUAAAAAGGGCAUAUUUCCUGCUUCAUACAUUCACCUAAAGGAAGCGAUAGUAGAAGGAAAAGGCCAACAUGAAACGGUCAUCCCCAGUGAGCUCCCGCUGAUCCAGGAGGUGACCACCACUCUGCGGGAAUGGUCGAUAAUAUGGCGGCAGCUUUACGUUCAAGAUAACAGGGAAAUGUUCCGAAGUGUCCGACACAUGAUUUACGAUCUCAUAGAAUGGCGGUCCCAGAUUCUUUCGGGAACCUUACCCCAAGAUGAGCUCAAGGAGCUAAAAAAGAAGGUCACAGCAAAGAUUGAUUAUGGAAACAGAGUUCUGGAUUUGGAUCUGGUUGUCCGGGAUGAAGACGGGAACAUAUUAGAUCCAGAGCUGACCAGCACCAUAAGCCUCUUCCGAGCGCACGAAAUCGCCUCCAAGCAAGUCGAAGAAAGGUUGCGAGAAGAAAAGUCUCAGAGGCAGAACAUGGACAUUAACAGACAAGCCAGGUUCGCCGCCACACCCUCCUUCGCCCUGCUGGUCAAUCUGAAGAACGUAGUUUGCAAGAUCGGAGAAGACGCCGAAGUGCUCAUGUCUCUCUACGACCCCGUGGAGUCCAAGUUCAUCAGUGAAAACUAUCUGGUCCGUUGGUCAAGUUCAGGGUUACCCAAAGACAUAGACAGAUUACAUAAUUUACGAGCUGUAUUCACUGACCUUGGCAGCAAAGAUCUGAAAAGGGAGAAGAUUAGCUUCGUGUGCCAGAUCGUCCGGGUCGGGCGCAUGGAACUUCGCGACAACCAUACCCGCAAGCUCACCUCUGGCUUAAGGAGACCUUUUGGCGUCGCGGUGAUGGACGUCACAGAUAUAAUUAAUGGGAAAGUAGAUGAUGAAGAUAAGCAGCACUUCAUUCCAUUUCAGCCGCUAGCUUUGGACGACGUCAUUCGACACAAGCAGCUGAACCUAUCAUCCCGUUUUUCACCCAGGGUGGCAGGGGAGAAUGAUUUCCUGCAGACCGUUAUAAACAAAGUGAUCGCAGCAAAAGAAGUCAACCACAAGGGCCAAGGAUUGUGGGUAACACUGAAGCUUCUCCCUGGAGAUAUUCGCCAGAUUCGCAAAGAAUUUCCCCACUUAGUGGACAGAACCACUGCCGUUGCUCGGAAAAUGGGCUUUCCGGAGAUCAUUAUGCCGGGUGAUGUUCGGAAUGAUAUUUAUGUAACGUUCGUUCAAGGAGAUUUUGAUAAAGGCAGCAAGACCACGGCGAAGAACGUCGAGGUCACCGUGUCUGUCUAUGAUGAAGAUGGAAAGCGAUUGGAGAGCGUCAUCUUCCCCGGCGCUGGUGACGAUGCCCUCUCCGAGUACAAGUCGGUGAUUUACUACCAAGUGAAGCAGCCGCGGUGGUUCGAGACUGUCAAGGUGGCAAUUCCCAUUGAGGAUGUCAACCGCAGCCACUUGAGGUUCACGUUCCGCCACCGGUCUUCCCAGGAUUCUAAAGACAAGUCCGAGAAGAUCUUUUCCUUGGCUUUUGUGAAGCUGAUGCGCUAUGACGGGACCACACUGAGAGAUGGCGAGCACGACCUCAUCGUGUACAAGGCAGAAGCCAAGAAGCUGGAGGACGCCUCGACCUACCUGUGCCUGCCGUCCACCAAGGUGGAGCUGGAGGAGAAGGGCCACUCGGCCACGGGCAGGAGCAUGCAGAGCCUGGGCAGCUGCACCAUCAGCAAGGACUCCUUCCAGAUCUCCACACUCGUCUGCUCCACCAAGCUCACCCAGAACGUGGAUCUCCUGGGCCUUCUGAAGUGGCGCUCCAACACCAACUUGUUACAGCAGAAUCUGAGACAGUUGAUGAAAGUGGAUGGAGGAGAAGUGGUUAAGUUCCUCCAGGACACCCUGGACGCCCUUUUUAACAUCAUGAUGGAGAACUCUGAAUGCGACACGUUCGACACGCUGGUCUUUGACGCUCUGGUGUUUAUCAUCGGGCUGAUUGCGGACCGAAAGUUCCAGCAUUUCAAUCCUGUGCUGGAAACCUACAUUAAGAAGCAUUUCAGCGCCACGCUGGCGUAUACGAAGCUGACCAAAGUCUUGAGGAGCUACGUGGACAGCGCCGAGAAGCCCGGCGUCCACGAGCCGCUCUACAAGGCCAUAAAGGCCCUCGAGUACAUCUUCAAGUUCAUCGUGCGCUCCAGGAUUCUCUUCAACCAAUUGUAUGAAAACAAGGGGGAAGCUGACUUCAUGGAGUCCUUGCUGCAGUUAUUCAAGUCCAUCAAUAACAUGAUGGCCAGUGUGUCUGAUCAAACCGUCCGAGUCAAGGGGGCAGCCCUGAAAUAUCUACCCACAAUCGUCAAUGACGUGAAAUUGGUAUUUGAUCCCAAAGAACUCAGCAAAAUGUUUACCGAGUUCAUCCUCAACGUGCCCACGGGCUUGCUGACAAUUCAGAAGCUCUACUGCUUGAUUGAAAUCGUUCACAGCGACCUCUUCACCCAGCAUGACUGCCGAGAGAUCCUGCUCCCCAUGAUGACGGAGCAGCUGAAGUAUCACCUGGAGCGGCAGGAGGACCUGGAGGCCUGCUGUCAGCUGCUCAGUAACAUUCUGGAGGUGCUCUACCGGAACGACGUGGGACCCACACAGCGACACGUUCAGCUCAUCAUGGAGAAGCUGCUUCGGACCGUGAACCGAACCGUCAUCUCCAUGGGACGGGAUUCUGAACUCAUUGGCAACUUCGUGGCGAGCAUGACGGCAAUUCUAAGGCAGAUGGAAGAUUAUCACUACGCUCACCUGAUCAAGACUUUUGGCAAGAUGAGGACGGAUGUGGUGGACUUUCUCAUGGAAACAUUCAUCAUGUUUAAAAAUCUCAUUGGCAAGAACGUCUAUCCUUCUGACUGGAUUAUAAUGAAUAUGAUGCAGAAUAAAGUCUUCCUGCGAGCAAUUAAUCAGUAUGCAGAUAUGCUCAACAAAAAAUUCCUGGAUCAAGCCAACUUUGAGCUACAGCUCUGGAACAAUUACUUCCACCUGGCUGUGGCUUUUCUUACCCAAGAGUCUUUACAACUGGAGAAUUUUUCAAGUGCUAAGAGAACCAAAAUCCUCAACAAGUACGGUGACAUGAGGAGGCAGAUUGGCUUUGAAAUCAGGGACAUGUGGUACAACCUCGGUCAGCACAAGAUCAAGUUCAUCCCGGAGAUGGUGGGUCCCAUCCUGGAGAUGACCCUGAUUCCGGAGACGGAGCUCCGCAAGGCGACCAUCCCCAUCUUCUUCGACAUGAUGCAGUGCGAGUUCCAUUCGACCCGAAGCUUCCAAAUGUUUGAGAAUGAGAUCAUCACCAAGCUGGAUCAUGAAGUGGAAGGCGGCCGAGGAGACGAGCAGUACAAAGUGUUAUUUGAUAAAAUCCUUCUGGAACACUGCAGAAAACACAAAUAUCUCGCCAAAUCCGGGGAAACUUUUGUCAAGCUGGUUGUGCGGUUGAUGGAGAGGCUCCUGGAUUAUCGAACCAUCAUGCAUGAUGAAAACAAGGAGAACCGCAUGAGCUGCACCGUCAACGUGCUGAAUUUCUACAAAGAGAUUGAAAGAGAAGAAAUGUACAUUAGGUAUUUGUACAAGCUGUGUGACCUGCACAAGGAGUGUGACAACUACACAGAGGCGGCCUACACCCUGCUGCUGCACGCCAAGCUGCUGAAGUGGUCCGAGGAGGCCUGUGCUGCCCAUCUUACUCAGCGGGAUGGCUACCAAGCAACUACCCAAGGUCAGCUCAAAGACCAGCUGUACCAAGAAAUCAUUCACUACUUUGACAAGGGCAAGAUGUGGGAAGAGGCCAUCACCUUGGGCAAAGAACUCGCUGAACAGUACGAAAACGAGAUGUUUGAUUAUGAACAGCUCAGUGAGCUGCUGAAAAAACAGGCCCAGUUUUACGAAAGCAUUGUCAAAGUGAUCAGGCCCAAACCAGACUAUUUUGCUGUUGGAUACUAUGGACAAGGAUUUCCCACGUUCUUGAGGGGCAAAGUUUUCAUUUAUCGGGGAAAAGAGUACGAACGCCGGGAAGACUUUGAAGCCAGGUUAUUGACCCAGUUUCCCAACGCCGAGAAAAUGAAGACCACGUCUGCUCCGGGAGAUGACAUUAAGAACUCUCCUGGCCAGUACAUUCAAUGCUUCACUGUGAAGCCCAAGCUUGACUUGCCACCCAAAUUCCACCGACCCGUUUCUGAGCAAAUUGUGAGUUUCUAUCGGGUCAACGAGGUGCAGAGGUUCGAGUACUCCAGACCGAUCAGGAAAGGAGAGAAAAACCCCGAUAAUGAAUUUGCGAACAUGUGGAUCGAGAGGACCAUUUACACCACAGCCUAUAAGUUACCUGGCAUCUUACGGUGGUUCGAGGUCAAGUCCGUCUUCAUGGUGGAAAUCAGCCCUCUGGAGAACGCCAUCGAGACCAUGCACCUCACCAAUGACAAGAUCAACAGCUUGGUCCAGCAGCACUCCGGGGACCCCAGCCUCCCCAUUAACCCCCUCUCCAUGCUCCUGAACGGCAUCGUGGACCCCGCCGUCAUGGGCGGCUUCACCAACUACGAGAAGGCCUUCUUCACGGAGAGGUACAUGCAGGAGCACCCGGAGGACCACGACAAGAUCGAGAAGCUCAAGGACCUCAUCGCCUGGCAGAUUCCGUUUCUGGCCGAAGGCAUCAGGAUUCAUGGGGAGAAAGUCACCGAGGCGCUGCGGCCGUUCCACGAGCGCAUGGAAGCCUGUUUCAAGCAGCUGAAAGAGAAGGUUGAGAAGCAGUACGGCGUCCGGACCAUGCCCUCGGGAAUGGAUGACCGCCGAGGAAGUCGCCCGCGGUCUAUGGUGCGCUCCUUCACCAUGCCCUCCUCCUCCAGGCCCCUGUCGGUCGCUUCCGUCUCUUCGAUGUCCUCGGACAGCACCCCUUCCAGACCCGGCUCCGAUGGGUUUGUUCUGGAGCCCCUCCUGCCAAAGAAGAUGCAUUCGAGGUCCCAAGAUAAAUUGGAUAAGGAUGACCUUGAUAAGGAGAAGAAGGACAAGAAGAAGGAAAAAAGGAAUAGCAAACAUCAAGAGAUAUUUGAUAAAGAAUUUAAACCCACCGAUCUUUCUCUGCAGCCUUCGGAGGCAGUGAUCCUCUCAGAAACGAUCAGCCCACUGAGGCCUCAGAGACCAAAGAGCCAAGUUAUCCUUGUGGGGAAUGAGCGGCGCUUCUCCGUGUCCCCAUCGCCCCCGUCCUGCCAGCAGACGCCACCUCCCAUCACCCCCAGGUCCAAGCUGACUUUCAGCCUGCAGUCGAGCUUGGAGCUGAAUGGGAUGCCCAGCGUAGAAAUGGCCGACGUCCCCCCGCCUCUACCUUUGAAAGGCAGCACGGCCGACUAUGGGAACCUCCUGGAGAAUCCAGAGCUGAUGAGCCCGACCACCCCUCCCCCACCGCCCCCCCACCACCGGAACCUGCCUCCUCCACUGCCGAGUAAAACUCCGCCCCCGCCUCCUCCAAAGACUACUCGCAAGCAAGCAUCCGUGGACUCUGGGAUUGUGCAGUGAGCCGGCCCUCCUCCAAAGAUCAAGCCCUCACGCUCCCCUCCCCAGUAGGUUUGGAGUCUGCCGUUUACCUCAUUUGGGCCUGCCGUGUCUAACGUUUAGUACCGAUGUUCUAAGGAAAGAGAGCUCCCGGCUAACAGCGGAGCAGGCUUUGUAAGUCAAAAACGAGCAAAAAUGGCACUCGAGGGAAGCCGGCUCAGGCCGGGGCCUGGUCGAGUGGCCGAGGACAUCCACGUGGCUGGGGAGCCCUUCCCCACGUGCCCCCUUUCUUCAUACCAAAUGAUUCUCUUAGCUGCCAUCAGUCAGGAAGGACAGAUGCCCAUCUGUGCAGAGCCUCGUAGCUCCCAAAGUGAAGCGUCAGGACCCCAAGCAUCCUUAGAGACCGUCUACUCGGCUGAGGCUCAUAGAGGGGAGGGGGCUUUUCUGAGGCUGGAUCCGGGCUUAGGGCCCAAAUCCCAGUAGAAUGAGUGCCAGUUUUUAAAAAAAACAAACAUAUACCUUUUUUUUUUUUUCUCCAAGUGAGGUGGUUUCUUAUCAACUGACUACAUUUUAAUGACAUGAACAUAUCAAGCUCCUCCCCUUUCACAGCAGGUCCCCCAUCCAGUCUGAUGUAAUUUAAAAUAGGAUAUUUUUCAGCUACUGAACAGAUACUAAUUUAUACGGGGGGGAAGGGAACAUCAUUAGAACUUACUGGAUCAUUUUGGGAAAAUCAAUCCGGACAAUAGGAAGAUGAACUUUUUCUUUU